AUGACAGGCAAAUACGCGACAAAUCGCCUCGAGGAAGGACAUUGCUUGACAGGUGACGCCGAAUUUAUACGCGCCAAACGGCGAAAUGGACGAAGCCGGAUGUUGAGGCUGGCGGUCGUGCCCCUCUUGGGUCUGCUAGCGCUGGCAUACCUUUCGAUAACGCACUGCUCCUCGCAGCAGUGGCUCACUCAUACUUGGAGUAGCGGCCAUCGAAGCAAGAAGGUCAAUAUCAUCUUCAUGAUCUCUGACGGAUACGGACCCGCUAGCGAAACCUUUGGAAGGGCAUUUUUCGCUUGCAUACACGACGGCGACAAGCCCGAGCAGCACAGUCCACGCCACUCAGAGCGACCCGCUAAUCAGUUGCCACACACUCCGCUGGACAAAAUUUUGGUCGGUAGUCACAGAUCGGCCUCUUCAGACAGCCUCAUCACGGACAGCGCAGCGGGUGCGACCGCAUUCUCGUGCGCCAAGAAGAGUUACAAUGGAGCGAUUGGUGUCGAUGCGAGCAAAGAGGCAUGCGGAACAGUCUUCGAGGCCGCCAAGGCUGCAGGCUGGGCAACAGGUGUUGUCGUCACGAGCCGACUGACCGAUGCGACUCCGGCAUCGUUCAUCUCACACGUCGAGUCGCGCGCGCAGGAGCCCUUGAUUGCUCUACAUUCAUUGGGGCUUUCACCGGAAGCUCUGAACCUCUCAGCGCCUGCUCUUGGCCCAGGAAAGACGCCUCUCUCCCCGCCUCUGGACCUCGCAAUCGGCGGCGGUGGGUGCUUGUACCUGCCAAUGUCACAUCCAUCUAGCUGCAGGCAGGACUUGGGCGACCUGGUUGCUGAGGCCAGUUCUCGAGGUUGGCACGUGAAGAUGGGUCACGGCUUCAGAAAUGCUAGCAGGUCUGGCACCGCGAACAUGCGCGUCUUUCACGAUGGCAUACAGGGGUCGGCCGCUCUGAGUGCGGAAGGCUCCGACGAGUCUGCUAAGCAUGACUUCUUAGCCUCGCUGCAAAGGUCUUCAACACCGUUGUUGGCUCUGCUGAGCCCUGCCAACACUCCGUUCGAAAUCGAUCGCCAAUUCUCGGAAGUCAAUCGAGCAGCCUUUCCUUCCCUCAAAUCGCUUGCGCUGACAGCCAUCGAUCUGCUUACUCGCUCCAAAUCGAACAAAAAGGGCUUUGUGCUCAUGGUGGAAGGAAGCCAAAUCGAUCUGUGUGCGCACGCCAACGAUCCUGCGUGCCAUGCGAGGGAAAUCGUUGCCUAUCAGCAAGCAAUCAACGCAGUCCAUGAAUGGGUCGACGAAGCUAACAAGAGAGGGGAGAAGACAGUGUUGAUUUCGACGAGCGAUCACGAGACUGGUGGUCUCACCUUAGGGCGACAACUUACGGCUGCAUACCCCAACUACGCCUACUAUCCGAGUCGCCUCAUCCCUGCGCGCAAGUCUGCCACUGCCCUUUCUGCUCAACUGGUCUCGUUCGUUACGAGCAGCAGGUCGCCGCCUACCAAGGAGCAGGUCAAGCGAUUCGUCGUAGAAGAGUCUCUCGGCAAGAACGGAGCGGGCUUGACAGGACCUGGGGCGGGUGGUCCAGCCACCGAUGCGGAAGUGGAGCGGGUGCUCCAUUGCAUCGGCCACUCGCAACCUUUGCAGGACCCUCCCAUCAACACGGCAGACGAGUGCAGAAAGGUCUUUGCGGACAUUAUGAGCAGGCGUGCGGAGCUGGGCUGGAGCACUUCUGGGCAUACAGGAGUCGAUGUGCCGGUACAUGCUGCGGGAUGGCGCUCUGCUGAACUGGCGGGCAACAUCGAGAAUACAGAUGUGGGCAAGUUCAUGGAGCGGGUACUGGGAGUGAGCUUGCAGCACACCACUCGAGACCUUCUCGGCCGAAGGAGCUAG